GCUGUGCUCACGAGCGUCCUCGGUGGACGGGAAAUACGUCACUUGGGAACGCCGCCCUUCUUAGCAGCGGCUGGGGCAAGGGCGGCGUGAGGCUCGGUCGCUGCCCUGGCCCGCGGCUCCGUCAUGAACAGCGUGGGGGAGGCGUGCACGGAGCUGAAGCGCGAGUACGACCAGUGCUUCAACCGCUGGUUCGCCGAGAAGUUCCUCAAGGGGGACAACGCGGGGGACCCCUGCGUGCAGCUUUUCAAGCGCUACCAGCUCUGCGUGCAGAAAGCUAUUAAGGAGAAAGACAUACCCAUCGAAGGGCUGGAAUUCAUGGGUCCCAAUAAAGGAAAAGCUGAAAACUCCUCCUGAUCUUGUUUGGACAUCUUGUGCCAUUACAAUGACCUUAUGGACUUGGAAAAAGAACCUCACAAAGACUAAAUGAUUGCCUUGGAUUAGCUGUUGUUUCUUCCUGGCUUUUUAAGAAGCAAGAAGUCUUUUCUGCAGUUCCUUUCAGCUAGGUUGUGUGGCAAUUACUGUUUCAUUUUAAAUGAAUGUUGGUGGUGGUCUGGCAUCAUGCAGUGCGUGAAUAGCCUUUUUAUCAAUUUAUGAUAAGUGAAUGUACUCUGAUGGGAAUAUUUAUUGAAAUGGGUUUAGAUAUUAGCUGAUCUAUGAUCAGUUGCUUUUUUAUUUAUAUAACUUUAAGACUAUUUUAAAUACUGAAAUUAAUGUGAAAGGGGUUAAUUUACGUAUUGGAGUGUGCUGCUGGCUUUUUAUUGGGAUAGGGUUGGUUUCAGGUUUCCUGAAAACUGAUGUGCUACAGCUUUGCUUCAUAUUGUUCAACUGUAAUGCUGCCAUGAAAGGACCAGUGUUGGAGUUGCAAUGAUUUUUGUCUGAAUACACAAGAUGUUUGUUUUAAUAUAGAAUACACAGUCAACUAAAGUUAUGCUUGACUAAAUGAGACAACUGUCCGGUUAAACCUGCCUGUGCCCUUUUAAGAUGGGAAGGGGCCAGCCUAUCACAGAAGUGAAUAGGAGCAACUGCUUUCAGAAGGUAUUUUCAGCAGCCUUGGGCAGUCCAUGCACAGAGCUGAAAGGCACUGAUGCUGCCUUGAACUUAACUCUAUACUACUGAAUGGCUGUUACCCUAUAAAGUUAGUUUCACCAGUGAUUCAAUUAAACUUCAGUUGUCCUUCUCUAACAGGCAUCCCUGCCCCAUGUGCCCAGAAACACUCCACAGAUUAGCCUCAAAAUCAUGAAGUUAGAUGUCUGAUUAAGUUAGAUAUUUUGGAUUAGACAAGGGAUUCCUGCUUUGACACCCUAAAACAGUACCCAACUGUCAGUUGGAAAUUUGUCUUCCUGCUUUGUAAUAAGAAAUCUGAAAGGAGAGGGAGAAAUGCAACUUUGAUAUACCCCUGCAUGAAAACUAAUGUUCUAAACCAAAAUUUAGCUGGCUGAAGUCUGCUUUCAAGAGUUAUUUAAAUUUGAUUUAGUAACAUCAGGAAAUGUUGAGUGGUGAGCUUAGUGUAGCAUGUAAAGGAUUAGUAAAGAACGAAGCUUAUUUUCCAAAUUUCUUUAGAGACUUCUGUUUAGCCCUCUUCCUUACACCAGUGCAUCCUGCCCAGUAGCCUUCCUCCUGAAAGACUUUCCCCUAAGAAGGCUCCUAAUGGUGUUUAACUCAAGUCAACCUGCAGUCUAUAGAAAAACAAAGCUUCUCCCUUCUGCCCCCAGCCGUUCCUCCCUAAAUCUCUCUGGAGGUCUUCAAGAAUGGAUCUUUUUUUCUGCAGACCAUAAUGUAGCUAGAGAAAGCAAGAGGUGUAGGUGACUCAGAAUAGCAAUUAGUUUCCCCCUUCUCUGAAGCUAAGGUUUGUAAAAGGAAAAAAUUCCCCCUGUGCCUUAUGAAGGAGUUGUGGGAGGAAGUUUCCUCCCCACAAACCCAUCAUGAGCACAGGGAGUAGCUGAAGGGGUGAGAGAAGGAGGCUCCUCUGUUGAUGUUGCUUCUCCUCUCCACCAGACAUGUUAACUAUAGCCAUUCUUGCGGACCAUAGGAGGGUUUCAGUCCUUUGGAAAUGAGUGAGUUAAUAGGACAGGAGCUCCGUUCCUAGGCACCUUCUAGGAUCUAAACAAGGGAACAAACCUUUAUGUUAAUGAGACUUUUUGUAAAAAUUGGAACCUCUUUAUUACAGACCAGAGGAGAACUGCAGCUACAGUGCUCUGGCACAGGGGAUGAUGCGCAAGACUUUUGACCAACAGAUGAAAACAGACUUAUCUCCUAGACUUUUUAAGAGCAGGGGCAGGCAAACUUUUUGGCCUGAGAGCUGCAUUGGGUUUCUGAAAUUGUAUGUUGGGCUGGUUAGAGGAGGCUGUGCCUCCCCAAACAGCCAGACAUGGCCCAGGCCCAGCCCCUGCCCCCUAUCUGCCCCCCCUGCUUCUUGCCCUCCAACAGCCCCCCGGGGACUCCUGUGCCAUCCACUAUCCCCAUACCCUCUGUCCCAUCCAACCCAUCUCCUUCCUGACUGCCCCCCAUGACUCCUGCCCCAUCCAACCCCCCCUUCUCCCAGACUGACCCCAGACCCCUUGCCCCAACUGCCCCCCAUCACCCCAUUCAACCUCCCUUCUUCCUGACUACCCCUCCUCCCCCAGAUCCCUGCCUCAUCCACCCUCCCUGGCUCCUGACAGCCCCAUCCAACCCCUCCUCUCCUUCCUGACUUACCCCCUCCAGGACCCUUGCCCCCAUUUUCUGCCCUCUGACUGCCCUGACCCCUGUUCACACCCCUCACCACCCCCUGAAUUCCCCUGCCCUCUAUCCAACUCCUCCCUGACCCCUUACUGCACUGCCUGGAGCACCGGUGGCUAGCAGCACGGCUGCACCAGGACAGGCAGCCAUGCAGCACAGAGCACCGGGUCAGGCCGGGCCCUGCUGCCCAGAGUAUUGCGCUGCGCGGCGGCGGCGGGGGGACAGCAGGGGAGGGGUUGGGGGCUAGCCUCUCAGGCCAGGAGCUCAGGGGACAGGCAGGAUGGGCUAUAGUUUGCCCACCUUUAUUCUAGAGGCUGUAGUGUGCCUAUUAUAGGUUACUAGAGUUUGCAGAAAUUGAGUUUGUCUCCUAGUCCUCAUAACAAUUAAAGAAACUCAUUAAAGAAAUUUCCAUGCAUAACUUUAGUAAGAUGAAGUUAAUAUCAGCUGUUUAAUUGCUGUAAGUACAUGCUACUAUUAAAGAAACCUCUAAAAAAUACAGUUAAUGUUGCAGUUCUCAAACAAAAUCCCUAAUCUACCUUAACUGUCCCUAGUGAUGCUCUGAGAAUAGUGAACUCCUAUGAUAUUAUAUAUUCAGAAGAUUCAUUAGCCCACUGACUAGAACAUUUAGAAUGCCUUAAGGGGGUUGUGUGGCUGUAUGGCCAUACAUAGCACCCCAAAAAAAUAAUCCUAGCGUAUGGGAGCCAAUCCUUCCCCCCCCGCCCAUCUUCAGUAUGGGCCUGAUCCUGCCAGCUACUGAGGGCAUUCAGCUUCCUACAGCAAAAACUUAAAUGGAAUCAGUUUGAUCCUGUAAGGUACUAGCACCUUUGUUCUCCAAGUAUUAUUAGAAACAGCACUAGCUUAUAUUUCAGCCUCAUACACCCAGACUGAGAGCAAACAUGAAAAAAAAAUAGUAUGGUAAAAGUCACCAAUAAAUAUCAGGCAUUUAUAUAUGAAACUAGUUAUAAAGCCAGUUUUCUUUGGGGCAUUCCAUAUAGAGAAAGGGAGAUGGUAGGGUGGCAUCUUUUGAGCCAGAGUUAAUGUUCAUGGGGAAUGCUGUUUGAGAUAUAACAUCUAACAUUCUUUAAGGAUAGUGUGCACUCAAGCCCUGGCUACAGCUUGCACUUCACCCCAAUGAAGUGUUUUGGGUGGGAGGAAAGAAGUAGUAAUGCCAACGUUAGAGUAUUACUAUCCCAACUCUGGAAAAACCGUUUCAUCAGCUAAUAUGAUUAAGCCAGAAAGUGCCUUAUACUGAGCUUUAACAUAGGAGGAAGCUUGCUUUAGCAACCACAUGUACUCUGCUAACAUGCUGUGUGGGCUGUAAUAAUGGGGAUUAAAUAAAUACUGUGAAAUGG